AUGUAUAUGAUCUUCAAGCUCCUGAUCAUCGGCGGCGAGAUUGUUGAAGAAGAAGGCGAAAAACGAAGACCGUUGCUGCAAAUUCUCUCCAGGUUGUCUGCUAAAUUGCGUAAAUUUCGGAAGAGCGGUUUGGAUUUGGAAUUCACGGAGAAUGGCUGCGAAGGCGAUGAUGAUGAGGAAGGAGGUGGCACCGCAGGGAAACGGAGCGGCGGCGACAGCGACGGCGGCGAAGAUGAACGAAGUGAUGUUGUUCGCGAAAUGCGAGUGCUGCGGACUGACGGAAGAGUGCACGAAGGCGUACGUAGCGAAGGUCCGAGAGCGGUGGAUAUGCGGGUUGUGCGCGAGGUCGGAGCGGCAUAUUGGCAGUGA